AUGGGAAAACGCAAGCAGAGAAAGAUGAAGCCUCAGAAGAAAAUCACUAAGAAGUUGGAGACUAUCUUUGAUUGUCCCUUCUGCAACCACAAUCAGUGUGUGGAAAUCAAAUUGGAGAAGGAUAAGCAGAUAGGAUACCUCAGCUGCAGAGUUUGCAAUGCCAUUUAUCAGUCCAAGAUCCACCAUUUGUCAUCCUAGGUUGAUGUGUACUGUGCUUGGAUCGAUGAUUGCCACUAACUCAACACUGGUAGAGCUCAGGAAGACUAUGAUGAUGAAUGA